CUGUUUUUCAUUUCAGCACUCGUUCUACGAUGUCUUGAUGCGCUUACAACGGAGGAGGACAUAUGUAAAGUUUUCGAAGAAACCGCUGAUGUAAAAGUUCGUCAGUGCCAUGUAAUGCGCGAUGAGGUCAUGCACGUCUCCCGAUGCUUUGCAUUUGCUGAGCUCCCAUCUGUUGCGGAUGCAUACAAAGUGAUGGAUAUUGUCACCAAGCAAUAUAAAUUGUUUGAGAUAGGAGGAAAGGCCGUCACAAUUUCCUAUGCGAAGAACACUUUCAACACUAUUAUGGCAACUUUAAAAACUGAAGGCUCCUUCAACGCUCAUCUAAACAGCAGUCGAAAUAUGGCAGCGGAUUUGGGUCAGAUUUCGAAGGGCAUGCAGUCGAACAACAACCCGGAGAAUAUGGCAAUCAAUGCCGUGGCUGCUUCGGCUCUUCUCAAUCAAAAUAUCCCAUCUGGGCCAGCGGUAGCACAUGCUGCGAUGCAACAAAAACAAACAGAGAAGCAAGUUUUAACUGCGAUAGCUAGAUCAAUGCUCUCUGCGAACGAACACUUGGCAGUUUCUGGUUGUGGUCCAACCACCGUCACCCCAAACACCCAGGUCCUUCCCCCGCCUGUAUUUCCGUUUAACGCAGCAACUGCGUCAACAACUGUUUACCCGGUUCCUGAUACAACAAAAUACAUUUACGACGAAUCCACUCGGUUCUACUACGAUCCAACUACAGGACUAUUAUAUGAGCCGAACUCAAAGUACUUUUAUGACCGGAACACUGUGCGUUACUAUUACUGGGAUCAGUCACGGAGUACUUAUUUUCCGGUACCUCAAAGUACAACAGAGCAAACAGUCACUCAAGAAUCGACCAGCUCAGCGAAUUCUGCCAGUCAGUCGAAUGCAGAACCCAAGGAACCAGUGGUUAGACCGUCGAAAGGAAAAUCCGCGCAACAGAUCGCGAAGGAAAUGGAGAAGUGGGCAAAACGAAUGAAUGCUCAUAAGAAAAACCUGUCAACUCCCGUUCAGCGCAGCGACUCUAACGCCGUAUGUAUAUGA